UUCAAAAACAUAUCGCACUAUAUUGAAUUUGCUUCCGAUAGAAAAAAAACUAUUAUGGUGGAAAGUAUGAAAGAGAUUUUUGAAGUUCAAAGCUGCAUCAGAAGAUUUCCAUGGCUAAUUCAGAUGGUGAAGUCGAGACUAUUCCAUGAAUUAUGCGAUCAACACAUCAAAGAACAACGACGUUACUUCUGUUGCGAUUGUAUGAUUCCUCCUUUUUGCAAUGUCUGCUUUAAAAAGAACGAUCACAAAGACCAUCUUAUCAUCCAAGCAUUUAGAUGUUCAAACCAGACAGGAGUAAGGAAAGACUUCAUAUCAAACUAUAUGGACAUAUCUGGGAUACAUAUGUUUUCUGUGAACCGGUCUUGGAUAGUUUUUAUUAAUCAGAGAUGUGAGAGUGACGUUCAUUGUUUUAGAAACAAUGUUUCACAUAGAUGCAAAGUCUGUGGAUGGGCUUUUGAAACUGCUUCUUCUGCUUUCUGUUCUGUAGAAUGCAAGUUUAGGAGCGUUCUUGGAUCACAACUCGAUGACAUGAUGGAGAGUUCAGAUGAUGUUGAUGAACCCGUUGUGAAGAGAAAGGAGAAUUCAGAAGAUGUGUACGUCUGGACCCAUUAUGAAGAGAAAACAUAGGAGGAAAGGGACUCCAUACAGAUCUCCAUUCUACUAGGAUUUAAACUCCUAAAGGAGUUUCAUACAUAUGUGAGGGUUUAAGAGGUUUUGAGAUUUAAAUAUGUGUAGCUUGUGCUUGUUGGACUUUUCCUUUUGUUUUUACUUCCAGAUUAAACUGAUAAUUGUUUCUAUGGAAUGUGAUUUUUUUUUUUCUAAAUCAUGUUUGUAUAGUUUAAUCUUAAUACCCUCAAGAUAAUAUAGUUGUGAUAUAUAUAUACCAUGCUAUUGUUUUCCCCAAUAAUCUUCACUGUAUUACUGUGCAUGCGCAUGAGUAAUUGAGCAAGUUAUUUAGUCUUUGUUUGUCUCCAAAUAUUGAAACAAAUGCCAUAAACUAUAGGCUAUUUUUAGCCAAAACGUUAAGCAAAUUCUAUUGGCGUGGGACCGCCCAUAACUCUCUGGAUAAUUUCAAGUCAGAAUAUUCCUGAAUACACCAAAUUGUAGUAAAAAGAGAAAAGAAAAAAAAAAUUCCUGAAUACAUCUUACACAUCUCAUAUUAAUGAUAAUGAUCCAUUUUAUUAAUCAUACUAAACUGUAGAUAUAUACCCACUUUAAUUACCUCAAAUUGCUAUAUACGGUACCGUAGCCAGGGGGUUUGGUUUAGAUUGACAUUGGCGUACGUACUUGGAACAUUUUCUUGCAGUUCGAGUAAAUUGACAUUUGGUUUCUGUACUGAUUCUCUCCUCCAUCACAUCGCCGAUAGGUACUACACUAUUUAUGUACUCUCUCUCGUUUCCAUCAAUCAACGGUUUGACCAAUAUUUAUUGGUUCUACGAUUGCUUCUGCUUAUGCUUCUGCUUCUUAGCAUACUUAGAAAUUACUUGCGGUCAAGCAAAUAAAAAGUUUCCCAUUUUUUUGUUUGGAAAAAAGCAAAAAAGGAACUGUAUUGAACAAGAUAAAAGGAAACAUUAGUUUCGAUUUGAGACUAAAAGAUCCACAAACCCUAACUUCUCUACUACAACUCCAUUAAUUUACUCUUUAAAAGUGUAAACAACACGACGAUCCCGAAACAAAUUACACUAAAAAUUGAAUUUGCUUCCAGUUUAAAAGAACUUCUAAAGUAUGGCGAAAAGCAUGAAAGAAAAUUUUGAAGUUCAGAGCUGGCAUCAGAAGAUUUCCAUGGCUAAUUCAGAUGGUGAAGUCGAGACUAUUCCAUGAAGUAUGCGAUCAACACA